AUGUGGCUUAUCAAUACGUCGACACAUCGAUUAACGGAAGUGUUUGGACAGGUCCCGCGAUUUGCGAUACUAUCUCAUCGUUGGUAUCCUCACGAGCAAGAAGUGUCUUUUAAAGAAUACCGGAAGUCGCUCAAAAUGCAUAGUCUGGGUCACCAGAAGAUAAGCCAAUUUUGUGCUCUUGCGCAGAGAAAUGGAUUCGAAUGGGCUUGGGUCGACACCUGUUGUGUCGACAAACGAUCCAGUGCCGAGUUAUCUGAAGCGAUCAACAGAAUGUACUCAUGGUAUGAACAAGCGGAGGUCUGCUAUGCGUUUCUAGGAGACGUUCAGUCGAUCGAUUGGAAGAAGAGUGACUGGUGGCACCGUGGGUGGACGUUGCAGGAGCUUAUUGCACCACAGAGGGUCUUCUUCUUCGAUCGAGACUGUCAAGAGAUCAGUAAUAAGAAGAGUAUGGCCGAUGGGAUCGAAAACAUUUCUGGCAUACCCGUAGCGAUACUCAGACAUGAAAAACCGCUUACGGCCUGGACGGUUGCACAGAAAAUGGCUUGGGCCGCGCGUAGAAGCACUACACGCAUCGAGGAUCGAGCUUACUCUCUCCUCGGGCUCUUCAAGAUCAACAUGCCAUUGUUAUAUGGAGAGGGAAGGAAUGCAUUCCAAAGGCUGCAAAUUGCGAUUCUUCAAAAGUAUCCCGACGAAUCGAUUUUCGCAUGGCACAACGGAGUCGACCAGUCUAGAUCUGUCUUGAUCCAGGAACUUCCAUGUACAAUAGUACUAGCUAGCCCAGCCGCGUUUACUACCGGCAGCAAAGUUAGCUCAAGCUGCUUUCUGGUCUCCUAG